UUUAUUUUCCCAGAAUAGUGAAUACCAAAACCCAAAAACCUAAACCCCCCAAAACCCCAUUACUCGGAGCAUGAGCUCCACCUUCUCGGUUCACAGCUCCUACUCAAAAAACGAAUGCACCAAUAAAUAAUUUCACGGGCAACUAAACCCACAAGCCGCCCUCUCUAUCUCUCUAUCUCUCUUACUCCUCCAUCCAGCUAAAGAGGCGGCCGCCCCAUUCCAGGUGAGGAUUCGAUCACACCUUGCUCUCUCUACCAACUAGGCUUUGCCUAGAAUGUUGAUUUCACCAUCUGGGUGUGUUUCAAUUUGAGCAAAAUCCUAUUUUGGCUUCAUAUUCUUUCGUAUUUGAGUGUUUAUGCUUCUGGGUUCUUCAAUUUCUUACAUGGGUAUUGAGUAUUUUCUCAAGUUAGUGUCUUGAAUGUUGAUUUCAGCAUCUGGGUGUGUUUCGUUUUGAGCAAAAUCAGAGAAGUUGAUUUAUUUUUUUGGGUGUUAGUGUUUCUGGAGGCUGCAAGUUCUAAUGUUGGUAUUGGAUAUUGCAUUAGAAUCUUGAUUUUGAGUGUUAAAUAUUUUUGGGAUUUCCAAUUUGUUUUGAGGGUAUUGGAUAUUUCCUGAGAAUAUUGAAUGAAGUCUAGAUUUUGAUGGAUGUGUAUCUUUCAAUCUGAGGCGGUUUCUAGAACAUGCUCUCUCUGCGAUAUGUUCGCAGAUUCUAUCAUGUUGUUGCUGCCGUUUCAUCAACUGAAAGCCCUGCAGCUGUAUCCAAUUACAUUCGGAAUCCAAAGCCAUUAGAAGAACCUGCUCUUGUGAAACUUAAGAACGAGCGGGACCCUGAGAAGUUGUUCCAUUUAUUUAAGGCCAAUGCACACAAUCGGCUUGUCAUUGAAAACCGUUUUGCAUUUGAAGACACGGUGUCUAGGCUAGCUGGUGCAGGGCGCUUUGAUUACAUCGAGCAUUUGCUUGAGCAUCAGAAGACGCUUCCCCAGGGUCGGCGUGAAGGGUUUAUUUUGAGGAUUAUAAUGUUGUAUGGUAAGGCUGGGAUGACUAAACAUGCUCUUGAUACUUUUUCUAAUAUGCAUCUGUAUGGGUGUCGAAGGACUGUUAAAUCUUUCAAUGCUGCACUUAAGGUUUUGACACAGACACGUGAUUUACAUGCAGUUGAGGAAUUUCUUAAUGAUGUACCUGUGAUGUUUGGUGUUGAACUGGACGUAUUUUCAGUUAAUAUUGUUAUUAAGGCUUUCUGUGAAAUGGGUGUUUUGGAUAAAGCAUAUUUAAUCAUGGUAGGGAUGGAAAAGUUAGGAAUAAAGCCAGAUGUGGUUACAUACACAACACUUAUUUCAGCAUUUUAUAAGGAAAACAGGUGUGAGAUUGGCAAUGGGUUGUGGAAUCUAAUGGUGCUAAAGGGGUGUAUACCGAAUCUGGCGACUUUUAAUGUUAGGAUUCAAUAUUUGGUUAAUAGGAGACGAGCAUGGCAAGCUAAUAGUUUGAUGGAUAUGAUGCAGAAGCUUGGUAUUGCACCUGAUGAGGUUACCUAUAAUCUGGUAAUCAAAGGGUUCUGCCAGGCUGGGUAUCUUGAAAUGGCCAAAAGGGUCUAUUCUGCUUUUCAUGCCAAGGGGCACAAACCCAAUGUUAAGAUUUACCAGACCAUGAUUCAUUAUCUCUGUAAGGGAAGGGAUUUUGAUUUAGCAUAUACAAUGUGUAAAGAUUGCAUGAGAAAAAAUUGGUUUCCAAAUGUGGAUACCAUUCAUACGUUGCUUGAAGGCCUUAAGAAGAAUGGGCAGUUUGGUAAGGCCAAGCUGAUCCUGACAUUGGCUCAGAGUAGAGUACCUCCUUUUUCUUCAAGCCAAUUGGGUGCUUUGAGGUCCAUAUUGUCCAGGAGUUAGUAUAAAAUGAUGAACUGGUGAACCAGUAAUUGUUUGAUUAAUGUAACAUGACACAACUCAGCAGAAGCUGGUAUUCUUUUUACUCAAUUCAUUUGUAAAUUUGGGAAACUAAUUGGAUACGGCUUUUUCAUGGCUUUACUUCAUACCAAAGGCAGAUCCACUUUACUUCAGUUAAUUCGUUGUAACACUUGAAUAAAGAUCGUGAUGAAUUGAGAGUUCUAAAUGGAUGGAGUUCACCCAAAAUUCUUGUCCAUGAACGACAAGAUACUAGAGAGGUUGAUGCCCUCAGUAAAGAUUGUUUUCUCUGCCAGGAGAUAAUAAUUAUGUGGAUGACAGACUUCUGUAUGCUCUUGGUCAGCUCUUGCUUCUGCGGCACCACAUAAUGGGCAGAGCCAUAGGUAUAUUCUUAUUGGUGCGUUGGGGUUGCUCGUUAUAACUUCAGAAAAGAUUGAAGAACAAAGUGAAUUCAUGCUGUGGUUGAUCUCCAAUAUGUACGGUUUUGCAGCUGCCAUAUCUCAUGUGCCAUUUCUCCCAUCCCUUGUACAUUGGACAAGUUAAAUUUUAAUGAUAAAUGAAAUCAGAAUAAUUGAUAAAAAUUUUGUUAUCUUUAUAUAACUCUCUACCAAAGAUGUAGCACUUGUUUAUUGUAUUUUUUUUCCUGUCUAAUUUAAUAACAUUUUCUUGGGGGCCA